CGCCCGGCGCUGGAUGACUCUCUCCCCAGGGGCCGCCGCGGUGCUGUCGGAGCAGGCCCGGGCCUUGCACCGUGUGGAUGAGAUGCUGCCAGACUUGCUGAGUUUCUCCAGCAAUUUCUGUUUUUGUUUCAGAUUUCCAGCAUUCACAGUUCUUUGUUUUACAACAUGUGGUGAUGGCUGAGAAUGGAUGAUGAUGAACCUACCAUCAAACCUCGUCACAUCGAGAAUCAGAAUGUUGUUUACCGUCUGGAGCGCCGGAGAAUCUAUUCAGGCAGGUCUGGAGCUCACUGGUACAUGGUGCGUUGCCUGCAUCAGAACGUGUUUCCCAACUUCACUGUUGUUAACGUAGAAAAGCCACCGUGUUUCCUGCGCAAGUUCUCUCCUGAUGGCCGCUAUUUCAUUGCGUUUUCCCUGGACCAGACCUCGUUGGAGAUCUAUGAGUACCAGGGCUGUCAGGCAGCUGAGGACCUCCUUCAGGGCUACGAUGGGGAGAUCAUGCUGAAUGGCGCUAAUGACUUGCAGUCCAUUAACAUCCGCGGCAAACUGUUUGAGCGUUUCUUUGUCCUGCUGCAUGUCACUAGUGUAGCGUCGAAUGGGGAGCACCUGAAUCGUGAGUGCAGCUUGUUUACUGAUGAUUGCCGGUAUGUCAUUGUUGGCUCUGCUGCUUACCUUCCUGAGGAGCCUCAUCCUCUCUUCUUUGAUGUUUACCGAAACAACGAGUCUGUUACACCAAACCCUCGCUCUCCGUUGGAAGAUUACUCUCUGCACAUCAUUGACCUGCACACAGGGAGUCUUUGUGACACAAGGACCUUUAAGUGCGACAAGGUCAUUCUCUCACACAACCAAGGGCUUUACCUGUAUAAGAAUAUCUUGGCUAUUCUCUCUGUGCAACAUCAGACCAUUCAUGUGUUCCAAGUUACCCCAGAAGGAACUUUCAUUGAUGUUCGAACCAUUGGGCGCUUCUGUUAUGAAGAUGACCUCCUAACUGUUUCAGCUGUGUAUCCUGAAGUGCAGGGUGAUGCGCAAAAUGCCCCAUCGCGCCCCUUUAAGGAAAAAACACUGAACUCUUUAAAGCAUCGGCUGCUGGUAUACCUGUGGCAAAGGGCAGAGAGUGAUGGAGGCGCUGCUGCUAAGCGACGUUUCUUUCAGUAUUUCGACCAGUUGCAGCAACUACGCAUGUGGAAGAUGCAGCUUCUGGAUGAGAACCACCUCCUGAUCAAAUACACGAGCGAGGAUGUGGUGACCCUGCGGGUCACUGACCCCUCUCAGCCGUCAUUCUUUGUCGUAUACAAUAUGGUGACCACUCGGGUUCUGGCUGUUUUUGAGAACACUUGUGAUGAGCUUUUACAACUAUUUGAAAAUUUUUGCGAUCUCUAUCGGAACGCCACACUGCACAGUGAGGCCGUGCAGUUUCCCUGCUCAGCAUCCAGCAAUAACUUUGCCAGACAGAUUCAGCGAAGGUUUAAAGACACUAUCGUGAAUGCCAAGUAUGGGGGUCACACGGAGGCUGUGAGGCGACUCCUUGGGCAGUUGCCUAUCAGUGCACAGUCUUACAGCAGCAGUCCAUACCUUGAUCUCUCAUUGUUUAGCUAUGAUGACAAGUGGGUGUCCGUCAUGGAACGGCCCAAGACUUGUGGUGAUCAUCCUAUCAGAUUUUAUGCUCGUGAUUCAGGUCUGCUGAAGUUUAAAAUCCAAGCAGGGCUCCUGGGACGGCCAAUUAACCACACAGUGCGACGCCUAGUGGCUUUCACCUUUCACCCUUUUGAGCCAUUUGCUAUAUCAGUGCAGAGGACUAAUGCAGAGUAUGUGGUUAGUUUUCAUAUGCGACACACGUGUGUAUGAUGACAGUGCAAUUGGAAGCACUUGUGCUGCUUGGAUUUACUGUGGACCAUUAUGGCCUAUCAUGAAGGGAUCCUAACAAACCUUUGAAAUUGCCAAAAGUGGAGUUUUGAACUUUGGUCAAGAGUGGGAUUAUCCUUGGAUUAAAAUUAUAUUCAGACCUCCGAUUCAUCUUUGGUAUCUGACCUGCUACACGAUCUUUAAUGCAGCACUUGUCUCGGCUAAGAAAGUAAACCUUUUUGUACAUUUUAUCUCUGUUAUCCCAAUGCGUCUAUUAUUCAUUUUUAUUUUGUCAUAUUUUAAAUGCUAAAACAAUGACAUUUAACUAGUUAACUGCCAGCUGGAAAAUGGUGGACUUGGUGCAAUAAACUCUGUUUGUAGUUUUGCCAUUUGGGGAAGGAAGUUUCAUUUUAAUUUGGGAACUGUGGAUGAAUGAGUUUUGUUGGUGAUCCUGAGGCAGUGAAUGGGAUUUUGAGAAUGCUGGUGAAUUGGAAAUAAAAACAGAAAAUGCUGGAUAUAGAAAGCUUUUCAGUUCAGUUUUGAAAAAGAGGAAGUUCAGAUGCAUGACCUUGUAUUGGAUGCUUCCAAAUAUUGGGUUGGUCCUUCAAAGUUACAUCCUGAUCUUUAUUUCCAGCAGUUUUGUUUUUGCUCUCAGUAUUUGGUAAGUGAAACUGGCUGUAAACUACCAGCUCUGACCAAUUUAAGGUACUGUAGUUUUUUAUUUCAUCAGUGAUGUGAAUUUACUGAACCAGAAUUAAUUUUAUUUGGAAAUGUCCUGAGUACACUUCAACUCUUCAAUUUUUGUGGAUAAGAAUUAUUGUAUAAUCAAUUUCUAAUUUUACAAAUGAAAUGGUACAUGGGCUUUAAAUUUAUUUUUUCAUAUGAAUGCUACAUUUGGAAACACCUUUGUAUGUAUGAACUUGUCACAUCAACUGCCAAACUUAUUAGAAAA